UCGAGAUAUAGAAUAAAGGCUGUCGGAGAAGAAAAAGAGCUUGUCCAGCACUCCAAGAGAACAAUCCAACAAGGGCCACCAACGCACUAACAAAGCACGAAACAUGGAAUGUGAAGGCUUCCAAGGCGACCACCGCUCGACGCGUGAACUAGACGCGAUCCGCCAGCGCGACGGCUCUGAUUGGCUUCCGCCUUUGGUACGCUAGAUGGCUCUCACCGCCUUGGGCGAUUCUGCUGGAGAAAAAAAAGUGCCGAUAAGGUGAACGAGAAUAAUCAGUGUUCGGAUUACCUUGAAUUCCAACAAAAACACAGGUUGUUCAAUACAUUGGGGCUUGAACUCACCAGGAAACGAUAAUUCCUGGAGUAACCACGACAAAAUGCCGAUCAAAAAUCUGAACAAAAUCCAGAAAAAGCUCUCCAAGAAGCGGGGCAAGCUUAAUGCUUUACAUGAGGACAGCCGCAAUGCAAAAUCACUACGCCGCGCUGGAGCACGCGAGGAUCGUAUUGCACGGGUUGUAACCUCUGCAAUGAUAGCGCGACAAAGUUUACUGGAUCGAGUGGCGCACUUUCAAGAAUGCUUGAAGGAGGCUUCAGAACCAUUCACUAUCGCCGACGACGAGAUCGUGCAAUUGAUUCAGAAAUGGAUCAAUCGAGACGAUGAGGAAAUUAAACAACUCCAUGAGGAGCGAAGAAAGGGCCGCCCGCCGAGUAAAAGGGAGGAAAAUCUCCAACAGCGCAAGACGAUCGAAGAAAAAGAAUACAGAUCCGGGUUCUGGAUGCCAGACAUCGCACAACAGGAAGUACGCCAACAAAUGGCACUCUGGAAUGGGGAAUGGUCGAGCCUCAGCUCGAUGAAAUUCAUCAGGUUUGCGGAGGGUGGCGUGAAACAGGCUUCGACAUUCCCACCGAAGGGCUUAUCAUGACCGUAAUGACUACACAUACACUCACGAUUUCAUAGCUGUAAAUAUUCAAAUAAUACCAUGAAGCUUCCACAAUGGUAGCUAACCAGUUGGUUAUUUUGCAUUUUACUAAUUCUAAUAUAAGAAAUAUAGAAGAUAUAGAUGAUAAUAUUUAUACUGGGCAAAUAGUACAUGCAAGUAUUAAAUCAGGAGAUACUAAUAU